UCAAGGUGGAACACGACCGGUUAUGUCAUCAGGAGAAAUGUUAUAACAUGAAUCAGUUAGUUUAUGAAUUGGUAUCCAAGAGAGCAUGAAAGGAGGAGAGGAUGCCCACCGACAGAUUGGAACAAGGAGAUGAAGAAGACCUGCGGAGUGGCAACCUGGAAGAGAGUAGUAUUGGAGAGGAAAGAAUGGAAAUAGAUGGGACAGGUUUUCUUUAUCUGAGAAGUACUUUGUAAUUAAUUUUCCAUCCAAAAUGGUUCUCACUACUUCGAAGUCUACAUUCAU